CCAUGAGCCAAACCUGCAGCUCCCACAGCUCAUGACUGCCCAUCCACCAUGGGACGGACGGACCUUGGAGACGAGGAAUGAUAGGUGCUCCGUUUGAAUGUGAUUUUGCUCUAUUUUUAUCCUUCGUGUCUUGGACACAACCCGCGAUGAUUUUGCCCCAGUGUAAAGGUUUUUUGAACGCAAGGACGAUCGCUACGAGAAUGACGCCAAGGUUUGGUGUAGGAGGCAAGGCCCAUUGGCAGCGAUGUACAGAUGACAAGGCUUUCCGGUUCGAAAGUACGGUUCCUUUUUGCUGGUGUUAUCCUUCCUGUUCCCAGAUUGAAAUUGCAGACUCGUUUUGUUUUUCAAGUUGUUAUUCUUUCGUUUUUGAUGCAGUUAUUCUUUAAUGCAAAUCCGAUCAAUUACACUCCCCUCGCAGCUGCGUAGAGAUCUCCGCCUG